ACUCUCGGCCAAUCCGGCGCCGGGGAAGGGCGACGUGGGCUCGGUGACCCGAGCGGCGUCCCGGGCAAGGGCCCCGGGCGACCAUGGAGGACGAGCAGCCGGACAGCCUGGACGGCUGGGUGCCGCUGCGCGAGGACCUCUUCGCCGAGCCCGAGCGGCGCCGGCUGCGCUUCCUGGUGGCCUGGAACGAGGCGGAGCGACAGUUCGCGGUGACCUGCCACGACCGCUCUGCGGCAGGCCGGGCGCGGGACUGGGCCGGGCUGCUCUCGGCCGCCGGGCUCCGCGGCGCGCACCGGCAACUGGCGGCGCUGGGCCCGGGCCUGGAGCGCCUCUUCCCGGAGCUGCCGGCCGGGUUGGCCGCGCCGCGCGGCGUGGGGGAUGUGCUGUGGGAGCUCGUGUGGCCCGCGCGGCCCGCGGCCCUCAGCGAGGCGGCGCUGCGCGAGCUGUGCGCCGGGCUGGAGCGCUACCUGGACGCGGCGGCCGAGGCCUGCGGCGGGGACACCGUGCGUGACGCGCUCUUCCCGGGCGCCGUAGCCGCGGAUGACAGUGAGAGCCUGAGCGCGUUCCGGACGCGCAAGCUGCGCGCGCGCAAGGCCGAGGCGAGCGCGCGGCUGCGGCAGGUUCUUCAAGGGCAUGGAAAAACCAACAUCAUGGUAGCAUUAAUGAAACUUUAUCAAGAGGAAGAUGAAGCAUAUCAGGAAUUAGUUCUUACUGCAACUGUCUUUUUCCAGUAUUUACUGAAGCCACUUAGGGAUAGGCGAGAACGUGCAACUUCAAGUAAGCUUAAUAUUUUGAAGUCCCUGGAUGAAGAUGAGCUGGGUCCGCAGAGGGUGGCUACCCUGCAGAAGGAAGCCCAAAAAUGGACCAGCCAGGCUGAAGAAGCUGUUGCCUCUAUUCAAGAUAUCACUGUGGAUUAUUUCAAGGAGACAGUGAAGGCAUUAACAGAAAUGCAGAAACAAAUGGAAGAGGAUAGCAAGAGAUUUGGCCAGGCGGCCUGGGCCACUGCCGCGCCCAGAUUAGAGAAACUCAAGCUCAUGGUUGCUCGAGAGACCCUGCAACUCAUGAGAGCCAGAGAGUUGUGUUUAAACCACAGAAGAGCUGAAAUUCAGAGAAAGAUGGAAGAGCUUCCGGAACAAGAAAAAAAAACCAUGCAUGUUGUAGAUGAAUUAGAAAUACAGUAUUAUGAAAUUCAGUUGGAACUGUAUGAGGUUAAGUUUGAGAUAUUAAAAAAUGAAGAAAUACUUCUUAUUACACAGUUGGACUCUGUUAAAAGGCUUAUAAAAGAGAAACAGGAUGAAGUUGUCUAUUACGAUACGUGUGAAAGCCCAGAAGAACUUCAGGUCCUUAGUUGGGCUGUGGAGCUGCGGGACCGUGAGAACGCGGAGAUGAAAGAGCUCACCCUACAGCGCCGGCAGCUGGAGAUGCAACGGGGCAGAAUCUGCACCAGGAGAGCCCGUCUCAGGAACAGAAAGGAUCAAUGCAAAGAAAAUCAUCACCUCCGAUUGCAACAGGCCGAAAAAAAUGUUCAAUAUUUGCAUGAGCAUCACAGCAUUCAGAUGAAAAGAGACAAAAUAAAAGAAGAGGAACAGAAGAAAAAAGAAUGGAUAAACCAAGAACGCCAGAAAACCCUCCAGCGAUUAAGAGCAUAUAAAGCGAAAUGUCCAGCUCGGUCUGCGCUACAAACCUCUGCCUCCGAGCUUGCGGCCCCAAACUUGCCAGGUGACCUUUCCCAGCAGCUGCCCUCGCCAGCUUCUCAGCCAGGGACAGCAAUUCUCCCACCAUCCCGGAAAACCAGACGUGCUCCUCCCUUCAGUGAAGUUAGCCAUAUGGAGUGUCAAGAAUGUCCUGGAAACAUCCCUGUCCAGAUAUUUGUCCCAGCUGGGCACCAGACACACUCCAGAUCCAGUGAGGAACUGUCACCACCACCACAGCCUCCCUCUCCGCCUCCGCCUCCCCCUCUUCCUCCACCCCCACCCCCACUGCCACCUCUCUCUGCUCGGCCCUCCUAUUCCCAAGCUGCCAUUCAUCAGAACCCAGGCCCCAGGACUUCAGUGGACGAUGACCAGCCACAUCCGUUGGUGUGUGAAUCCACUGCUGAAAACUCGCGUGGCUCCUUGGAAAUUCUUUCAGGCCCAGGAUCUAUGGACGAAGUGCUGGCCUCAUUAAGGCACGGCAGAACUUGCCUCCAGAAAACAGAAGUGCCCACACUGCCCCGACCCCACGCCUCUGUCAAUGAGGACAUCCUGGUGGCCAUCAGGCAGGGGGUCAAGCUGAAGAAAGUCCAUCAGGACCCAGACCCGGGCCGCAGCACCAAGCCAGCCAGUGACCUGGAGAGAAGCAUCAAGGCAGCUCUGCAGAGAAUCAAGCGAGUGUCUGCCGACUCAGAGGACAGUGACGAGCAGAACCCCGGCCAAUGGGACAGUUAAGGUCUUCUCCACAUGUGACAGAGGUAGUUGGGCCAUGUAGCAUCCCAAAGAUCAGCCAGGCUUUGGGCACGACAUUGCAGCUUUGAUUUGAUGUUAUGGCUUCCAAAAUCGGGGCGGGAAGCAGAGCUGUGGUGACUGGCACACAUCAACCCUGGGUGUGUGUGAAAUCCACAGAGAGGGUUGCUGGCUGCAGAGCACAGUGCUCACUUUGCACUUGGGUCAUAGAAUCAGUCCCUGGUUGUGAAGUUUACACUGCCCUGUAGACAGCACCUUUACGACUGCUGACUGUGCCCUCCUGUGUGUGUGGAACAGAAGUUCCUCAGAUUUAAAGGUCCGAAUGUGAACAUGUAUUUUAGUAAUAAUCAGAGUAAACUGCUUAUAUUCAGGAAUUAUUUUAAAUAUUUAAGUGAAAUUUAUUUUAUGUAUCAAGCAUUACAUAAAUGUAUAAUAAAUAAUUAUUUUAACUAUUUAUAAUACAUCACUGUCAAGCAUGAGAAAAUGAAAACAGUACCUUAACCACUGUACAAGCAAAGCCUUCCCUGCCUGGGUGGGUUUAAAGUGUUUAGUGAGAUUUUGGGUGAACAGCUGUUUAAGCAAAUACUAAGUGUGGGGAAACAGGGGUAUCCCCACAAGGGCUCCUCCUGACUUGCUGUUAGGGUUAGGAAAGGCAGGGACCUGCAGAGAGCAGUCUAUCCAUUUGUCACACUGCCCCAGCAUCCCCGCUAACCUCAUUACCGUCGCUCUUGUGACAGGAGAAUGAACCCCACCCAUGUUCCCAGGGAAGAGUCCUGAUGUAGAGCACAACUCUUUGUACUCCCAAUUUCUUCUUUAGUAACCUGCAGGCCUUACUUAGCUGGCAAAGCCAGGAGGGGUCUGAGUCCUUUGGCCUAGCCGCUGCCAGGCUGUGCAUGGUCUGUCCCGAGUACCCCAUCCUUAGAACUCAGUUCCAGCUCCUAUGGCAAUGCACCUCACCACCAGCUGGGCCGACUUCUGGCAUCUAGGCCAAGUCUGGCCCUCCCCCGACCUGCUGCAUCCUCCCAGCUGCCAAGGACACCCACUGCUAGCUGCCUGCUGGGUUUCAAUGCCAGGUCCCAGAAGCAGGACAGGUGGCUCUGUCCCAGGCCUCCUUCCCCACCUUGGGCCGGCCAUGUCCAGAAUCAGGCAUUUUAAAAAAGGCAAGAUUAGAACUUUGUGAGACUUUCUUAUGCUUAUUUUGCAGUUUUGUAUUGUUUUUAAUUACUUACUUUGGUUUCAGUAUUAUGAGAUACAAAGAAGCUUAAUGAGUUUUGGAUAAUCCUCAGAAUUUGCCUUUGAGGGGCUGCCAAAGAUGGGAGACCUUCAAAAAAAGAUCCUUUUCUAAAGAGUUCUCUCAAAGUUCCCAGUCCAUUUCUGUCUUCCGUGCCUCAGAACUUUUCCUUCUCCUCUGGAACAUUCUCUCCCUCAUUUCUCUUUCCCUCCAUCUUCCAGCCAAGCCCUGAAAUCAAUCCAGGCUCUGGCUUCAGGGAAAUUGGAGCCAAGGAGGGGAACAAGUAUGUCUCCUAUUAUGUAGCUUCCCUCCUCUGCAACCCACCCUCCAAAGUACUGCCAACUACUUUUGACCUCUCAGAGUUGCUCCCCGACUUCCCAAUGCACAGAGCUAUGGGCGGGCCCUGAAGCAUGGCACACUGGCCCCCAGAGGCAGCCCCUUUCCCCCCAGGCAGUUCCUCUCCAGCACCACCAAGCUGCUUGCUGCCUUCCCCUUGCAGCCUCGCUCUCUGGAGCACAAAGUGCCUGGAAUCGUGAAAUGCCCCCCCAUUCCCUGGCCAGCCCUCGCCCAUCCCUCAGUCUCAGCCCUGCAUUGUUCCCCUGAGGUCUUCCCUACAUGGCCACUGCACCUUAUCCUGGACACCAGCAUGCUCCCCUCUCGCCUACAGCCCUCCCACAAGGCCAGCCAGUGGGGCAUGUGUCACCCCCAGUGGUCACAAUCUGGUGGCUAGCAUCGGGUCCUCAGAGUCAAUCCAUAACUGGCAGUGAGCAGCCUGUGAACUGUCCUGGAGUGAAAAAUAAUGGGCUGUGCCAAUCAGGUCUGUCAAUUCAUUUCUUAAUUUUUUUCCUCCUCUAGGAUUUGAGUUGGGAAUCCAACAAGGGUGGCAGAGCUAGGAUCAUACCCUAGGAAGUCACGUAGGAGAGGACUUAUACAGCAGAGAUUCUUAAACAUCAGGUUCUAGUGUGUUAGUUUUCUAGUGUCAUAAUAAAUUACUGCAAAUGUA